ACUGUCAGUCUCACGUGUUCUCCGUCGUUUGUCAAUAUGAACGAUUCUUUCGGACUUCACACUGAAGACGACCUUUUCUACUUCGAGUCCGACCAUUUAGCCAUUCGCGGCAAUAAAGAUUACAGUGAAGUAUUAAAAACUGUAGUGUUACUUACUGUGCAAAGAGAACAAGCAAUAAAAGACUACAGAACAGUAUGUCAGAUCAAAAAAGAAGCAUUGGAAGAUCCACUGGCACUUUUAGAGAAGAUAAAACAGAAGGAAGAUUUAGGAAUACCGCUUAUUUUGGAUGUACCAAAAAUUCCAAAGGUUGACUUCCAGAAUUUCAGCGUUAAAUUUCCGGAAAGUGAGCUAAAUUUGAUUUACUCUGAUAAUAAUUGUGAAGUUCAAGAAUCUGAGAGCGUGAAUUCGAAGAAAAGCAACCAAUGGACCGUGGAGGAACAGAAGCGCCUUGAAGAACUACUGGUAAUUUAUCCACCUGAGCCAAUAGAAGCCCAAAGAUUCAAAAAAAUUGCCAAAGCUCUUGGCACAAGAACUGUAAAACAAGUGAACAGCAGAGUGCAGAAAUACUUUUUAAAGUUGUACAAAGCUGGCCUCCCAAUACCAGGCAGGUUGCCCAAAAACUGUGAAAAAUAUAAAAAGGCUCUUCCACACAAGCACCAAAGAAAUAAUCAUUAUUUCCUAAAGCCCACCACCUUUUUCCCAGAGCUGUCUGUACCUGUGACACUAAAUGAAGAGGACAAUAUUCCAGGACCAAGCUCAAGACAAGCUACAACAUCCAGUUCAUCAAACUAUUUGAUUCCCUCCACAUACCAUCAGCCCACAAACCAACCAGUCAAUGAAAAAAGUGAAGCUGAAAUGAAACUUGAACUACUGAAAAGAGUCAAAGAGGAAAAAAUGAAAGAAAAGGAAUACUCCCCAUUUUUCCAUACUGGACACACAUGUGAUUUUUGUAAUGAAACACCUAUAGUAGGUUCAAGAUGGCACUGUGUAACCUGCUCGAUGGAUUCAGUAGAUUUUUGCACUGACUGCAUGAUCUCUCAGAUGUAUUCUGAUAAUCCUCAUCCAAUAUCCCACAACUUUUACAUCUACACUGAUGACACAGAAUCUCAGCCAGACAGUGACAAUGAACUUAACUCUGGGACUUGUGUAAGUGAGACUGGCAGUGAAGUAUAUUACAAAAACUUGUCGAAUGACAGUAAACCUAGUGAGUUUGACAAAACAAGUGAUAUGGAGUUGGAAGCCAGUGAUAUGGAAUUAGAUGAUGAUACUACUAAUUUGUCUUACAAAUAUUUACAUACAAGUUUGAUGUUCCAUGAAAAUGAUUGAUUUGUUACAAAACUAUACUUUUAAUUAAAUUAAAUAUGUUCAAAUUUGUAAAAUGCCUUUUAUUAACUGUUUAAUAAAUAGUUAUAUACAUAAAUUA